CCCACAGAGCUCCACAAUAGGGAAGUGAACGGCACUUCCUAUUUCCUCGCAGUUACUGCUGUCCACUGACUAAAGCAGAAAACGAGAGGAGAUGAGAAACGAAAGGGACGCGCGGUUUAUAAAUGGAUUUGAGCAGUAAAUGACACAAACUCUCGGCUUCGGAUCCUUGUCGCGCGCGCGGAAUGGGAGCGUCCGUCGGCUCCAAAUAAAACAGCGACUUCUCAAAGUUUUGCGUAUUGGCGGAUGAAGAGGAUUCAUGAUGAAGAAACAGUUCAACCGCAUGAAACAGCUGGCCAACCAGACUGUUGGCAGAGCAGAGAAGACAGAAGUACUGAGCGAUGACCUUCUUUUGAUUGAGCGACGCCUGGAAAAUGUGCGAUUGGUUUCCCAUAAUGUACACAAGAAGAUGGUCAUGUGUCUACAGGGUAACGUGGGCACAGAUGCAGAGAAGAGACAUAAAAAGCUUCCUCUGAUGAUCCUUUCACAAUCCAUGGUGGAAGGAGUAGCUCAGCUUGGAGAAGAGUCCCUUAUAGGGAAGAUGAUGGACAUUUGUGGGGACGCUGAAAACAAACUGGCUUUCGAACAGAGCCAACAUGAAGUUCUGCUGGAGAAAGACAUUCUAGAUCCUCUAAAUCAGCUGGCAGAGGUGGAUAUUCCUAACAUCCAGAAGCAGAGGAGACAUUUAGCCAAACUGGUGUUGGAUUAUGAUUCUGCAAAAGGCAGGUAUCACCAGGCCACAAAGUCAUUUCCGUCAGCUACAAAUGCUCAAGCAAUGGCUGCCAAAGUUGACAUGCUUAAGGAGGAAAUGGAUGAAGCUCAGAACAGAAUGGAAAUAUGCAAGGAUCAAGUUGCUGCUGAUAUGUACAGCUUUGCCUCCAAGGAGGGAGAAUAUGCUCGCUAUUAUGUGUUGUUGUUAGAAGCUCAAGCUGAAUACCACAGAAGAGCAUUGGCAUCCAUCGAGAGUGUCCUGCCCAACAUACAGUCACAGCAAGAUAAAUGGAUGGAGAAGCCAGCGUUUGGCACAGCUCUGGAGGAACAUCUGAAACGCACCGGCAGAGAGGUCGCUCUGCCCAUUGAGGCCUGCGUCAUGAUGCUGCUGGAGACCGGCAUGCAGGAAGAGGGUUUGUUCCGUAUCGCUGCUGGAGCCUCCAAACUGAAGAAACUAAAGGCGGCUCUGGACUGUUCCACUUCCCAGCUGGAGGAGUUUUACUCAGACCCUCACGCAGUCGCUGGAGCCCUGAAAUCUUACCUGAGGGAGCUGCCUGAACCUCUUAUGUCCUACCAGCUGUAUGAAGAGUGGAUUCAAGCCUCAAAUAUCUCUGACCCUGAUAAGAGGCUUCAGGCACUGUGGGUGGUGUGCGACAUGUUACCAAAGGCCAACAAGACCAAUUUUAGGUACCUGGUGAAGUUUCUUGCCAAGCUCGCUCUUGAAAGUGAUGUCAACAAGAUGACUGCAAGCAACAUCGCUAUUGUACUGGGACCCAAUUUACUGUGGGCCAAAACUGAGGGAAGUCUUGCUGAGAUGGCAGCUACUACCUCUGUCCAUGUGGUGUCUAUAAUUGAACUGAUAAUCAACCAUGCAGGCUGGUUCUUUCCAGGAGAUGUGGACUUCAACGUGUCCGGUGUGUUUGCCAUGCCUGGGUGCCCCGGAACACCUGAUGUAGAGUAUGGGACCAUCGAGAGGAGGCGCCCAGGCAGCCAGGGCUCGCUUGAUUCUGACACGGCCCGCAAAGACAGCCCUGCUAACAAACAGCCGGAAUUCGCCCCUCGUAGAACUGGCACAAUAACUAAAAAGCAGCACUCCACGCCAAACUUCCAGCCCCCUCUCCCUCCCAUUGAGGCCGGGGGGGGUUCGGCGUUUGAGUCGUGCCCUCAGUUGCCCGCUGCCGGUCUGGAGGCACUUCAGACCCAGCAGACAUUAGUUCAGCAGAGCCCUGCCUCAGACAACAGUAGCCUCAGCAGCAGAGACUCUGUGUCCACACCUCCAACCAUGAGGAACGGCCCCGGAGGCUCCAGCGGGACGCCUGCUCCUGCUCAGCUCAGCGUCGGGACUCCUACCUCAAGCCCAAAAGGCCCCAGUCCAUUCAUGGUGCGCAGAGGUACAAAAAAGCAAGCUCCAGCUCCUCCCAAACCUAGUGUUCCUGCUACCUCUCCGAGUGUAAAAGCGACUCCUAACCAACCCAUAUCAAACCCAUACUCUACACCCGGCACCCCUCAGCCUCUCAUUGCACCUCGCCGCACCAACCAGACCCCCAUCCAGGCCCCGAGUCACCCUCCACCUCAACCUCCAUCACAACCUCCAUCCCACACAGAAGAGGCAGUGCCAUCUCCUCCUAGGACGCCCACCCCACCUGGGACGCCUCCUCACGACUCUUCACAGUCGCGGCCCAGACCCACACCACGCUCCCGACCCAAACCCAGUGGCCCACCACCACCACAACCUGCUGACGGAGCCAAUGGGGUCUGCGUUUCUGCAUCCAAGAUCAUCUCCGAUGUGUGA